UUCAGAAAACCAGGAAUUGAAAAUCAUGGCUGGGAAGCCCAUACUUCAUUACUUCAAUGGAAGAGGCAGAAUGGAAUCAGUGCGCUGGCUCUUAGCAGUUGCUGGAGUAGAGUUUGAAGAAAAGCUAAUGAAUUCAGCUGAAGAGUUUGAUAACUUAAUUAAGAGUGAGUUCACAGCAUUAAAAAGCCAUGGGAAAAAUUAUCUUGUUGGCAACCAGAUGAGCUGGGCAGAUAUACAGCUGUUUGAAGCCAUCCUAAUGGUUGAAGAAUUGAAGUCAGAUGUUCUCUCUGCAUUCCCUAAACUGCAGGAAUUCAAAGCUAGAAUGGGUAAACUCCCCAACAUUCAGAAAUUCCUUCAGCCUGGAAGUCAAAGAAAAGAAAUGGAUCCGAUGGGUCUUGAAGAGGUAAAGAAGAUAUUCAAGGAUGAUGACUCCUUGUUUCUUAAACAUAUGAGCUGAAUAUUCAGAAAGUGUUCUAAGGAGUGCAAAGUUUCAGUUUCCAUCCAUAGUCAUAAAACUUGGAAGUGCUCCUGAGACAUUCCUUGGUUGAAUAACCAGCAGACCUGAUG